AUGCAGACUGGGUCUGAUGAAGAAGACGAUGAUGAUGCAUCGAGAGCCGUGGUCAUAGCACCGAAGAACAGGAGCGAGAAGAGCCGAGCUCUGAGCAGGACUGCCCACCAAAAGCGAAGAGACCAUCAUGCGCUUGUAGCAUGGCGGUCUCGAAACAAGGACGAGUCAGACGAAGAGGUCUAUGAGCAGAUUGUUCGACUGCAGGCGCCACAGACGUUCCUCGAUGAUGGCCGAGACGAUCCUUUCUCGGUACUGCCCACCUCAUUGCCAGGCGACAUGGUUGCGGAUAUCCUGAGGAAGCAUGAUCUGUUCAUGCCUGCCCUGGUAUGCGCUAUGCCCAAUGACCUGGCUGGGCCUAAGUUCACGGACGAGAUGAUGCGGAUGGCAUUCCAUAGUGAGGCUAUGCUGCACGGCAUUUUCUUUGCAACGAUAACGUUCGAUCGAAUCAUCAGAGCCGAGCAGGAGCAGUCCGACUUGGAGUUGAGACUCCAGACGCUUGCCGUACAACACCUGCGCCAGCAACUGUCUGACCCACGCACCGCGGUUGAUGCAGCUAAUAUCUGGCCAAUCGUGAUCUUCAGCUACCUUGACUCUAAGCUUGCCUUGAGGACAGGCAGACUGCCAAAUCGAGUCAGUGCGUUCCAGGAGCUGCAGUCUUUGCACAUACUAGGUCGGAUGUCGACAAGCAAGAUGCACCGACAGGGUCUUGCAAAUCUCGUUCAGCAGCUGGGUGGGCUACAGGCUGUAACACCUGUCGGUAUGGCGAGUAUGAUCACUUUUGGUCAUCUUAUGGAUCAAACGAAAGCGUUCAGCCGACCAUUCAUGCCGUAUUUGCCUUUCUCGCGUUCGAACGAGUUCCUGGUUGGCGAAAGCUUGUCAGUCACCGCUGCGGAGCGAGCAACAUCGCAAGCAUCCCUGCCGCACUUAGGCAACUCCUUUCUGGCGCUAUGGAAAGGUACAGAAGACCCCAUGGUCAUGGCUCUCCUUCAAGUCAUCAGAAACAUAUGCGACUACACGUUACUGGUAGAGAACCACAUGCAAGGUUUUCCGAAUCAGCGGCCGCCGAUCACCAUCGUCGACGCGAGAAAUUACACUCAGCACUGUCUGUUGUCCCUGCCAUCUCUACAGGAUUCAGAGAGCUACGGCAUGUCAGAAUACGAGUCAGAAUACGACGAGCAUUACGAACCUUGCCGGUACGCAUGUAUGAUAUAUAAUCUGCUGGUGGUCUGGCCGACGCCACCAGUCGUUGGUCUGUACGAGAGGGCAGCAAUUCGGCUACGACGCAGUCUAUUGGGACUUCGUCCGUCACCCACCAGCAGCAAGGAGCUACUAGUAUGGAUGAUCGCCAUGGGUGCAAUCGUCAGUAUUGGCACACCCCACAGGACGUGGUUUGUUGGCGUGCUGGCCGAGCUUGUGAAUGACCUCAAGCUCAAUACUUCUCAAGACUUCAUCGAUCUGUUGUCAGGCUACCUUUGGCACCCCAAGACCAAUACAGUCGAUGGCAUCAGCUUGUGGACGGAAUUGAAGAAGGUCAAACUGGGAGGGACAUCUGCGCCUAAAGAAUCAGCUCCGGAAGAUCUCGAGACGACUUGA